AGGAGGUCCACGCUGGAGACGAAGAGAGAAAGAAGACUGCUAUGCAUGUCCAGAGAAAAAGGGGGUACGGUUUUUAACGGACCCUGCAAUUUGAAGCCGUCUUGGCCGAGCUGCUCACUGGACUCCAGUUGGGAUUACUAUUAAGCUUUGAAAACGCCUUCAGUGAUGAGCGGUACAAUGUGGAAGAGGCUGAUUGUGAUCCAGCUCCUGCUGACUGAACAGGCCUUCUGCCGGGCCCCGCCUUCUUUGGAGAAGAGGGACACGCUACUUGAAGAACCUCGUGCUCCUGAUGAUAUGAUGGACAAAAUCAAACAGGACCAUCAUCCACAACCCACUCUGUUGCUCACGAACCAAUCUGGACCUGAAGCACCAGUUUCUCAGGAAGAGAAGGUCCGAUCUGCUCGACUUUUGACAUCAGUCCUCAGGGCGAAGCUUCAGGAUUAUCUCCACAUCGAAGGGAAUGCCAGCUGUGAGGAGCUGCUGUCUGCCAGCACAUUAGAUGAUCCAUUAUCUUCUGUGGUCCCUCAGGAGCUGCUGGGUCUCUCUUUGGUGCCUGUGUUGGUGAUGGCAGGAUGUUCUAAGGAGGCUCAGACCCUGGUGCUGAAGCUGUACGACCUGCUGGGGGAGUCUGAUACAGAGGAGCUCCUGAUGGAGGUGGAAGAGCUCAUAGAGAGGAAGAUGAGCAAGCCAACAUCUGCACCAGCACCAUCAGUGUCGCCUUCACUGAGAAAUGAAGAAAAUCACAUAAAUGCUUUGAUGUUUAACAUUCAGCAGCUGGCCUUGAUAGAAGAAGACUCCUCUCCACAGGAGGGUCAUUGUGAGGGUUGGACCAGAGUAAAUGGUUCCAUGCUGGUGGGAACAGCUGUGAAAGGAUCCUCAGGUGGACUGAAGGAUGCUGUGAGCAGCUGCGAAAGACUCGGGGUCCUGUGUGCUGGGGUGAGCAGCGGUGGGCCGCUCAUGCCCGGGUUGUACCAGGCGGUGUUGAAGAAAGGGAGCCGCAUCUUUCCAUCCAAGUACUCCGAGUCUGAGUGCUGGAUUCAUCAGUGCAGUACCCAGGAGGAAGUUCUGAUCACAGCAGGUCCACGGUCAAAGCGCAGCCCUCAAACGAGCUGCAUCAACAAGAACGAGGAGCGUGUGUAUAACGUCAUGGAGUGGAUACCGGGGGUCAGCACCCUCUACAACCUCGGCACAGCUGUGUACUACGCGUCAGUGAACUGCCAAGAAACAGCCAAGGAGAGAGCCAUCCUCAGUGUCGUCGACCUGGGAACCGACGCCCUGAUGGCCGCCACAGGAGGGACCGCUGGGGUGGCCGGCUUUGCUCUGGGGGCAGGGGUGAAAACAGGUGUCAAGCACCUGAUCAACUCCAUGAAGAAAGAUGAUGUUCUCGUGAACCAGUCUAGCUGGGAACAGGGUGUUUUCACCGUCCCGUAGACUGGAGCCAGAAGGCAUUAGCCUCUAAAGCUUUUACAGUUUGUAAUUCAUUAUAAUGUUUAAAAAAAAUCACAAUUGAUAACUGACACAUUUGCAGAACAACAACUAGUUAUGCUUUUUUUAAUUACUUGUUUAGACGAUUUACACGAACCAUGCAUUUCAUAGCUAAUUAUCAGACCAAUGAAA